AUGUCUUACGUAGAAUAUAAUCACCUUCUUUUUGAGAUAAGCCAACGACUCGAUCAGCUGAACGAACAUGAACACAUAAUCUUAAUGUGUAGAGGGCUUGUGGCGUCAAGACCAGAAGACAUCCCCGAUGCACUUUCGCUCUUUCGAGAGCUAGAGGAUCGAAAUAAUUUGGCCAUUGAUAAAGUUGAGCUAUGGAAAGAGCUUCUGAAAGCGGUCGGAGAAUGGUCGUUGUUUCAGAAAGUGAGAAAGUUCGUGGACAAAAGGAAAGAAUAUAAAGAAUUGCUUGAACAGAUCAGCCGCGCUCUCGACGAAAGCAAUCAACUGCAGCAGCUCAUUUCUGUCUGCACUGCGAGGGAAACUUUGGACGAAAAUGAAAGAAACACUCAGGUUGUUCGAAUUUUGUUCGAAAAACUUGAACGGUGGGGACUUUUUGCGUUUGGUCGUCUUGAUUUCUUAAAAGGGAUUUUAUCGGGAAUUGAGAGGCAAGAUCUGGUGAUGAAAGUUCAGGAUUUCGAGAAGUGA